GGCGCGCAGGCGCCGUAGAGAGGCAACCGGGGCUCAGGCUGAGAGGGGCGUCUGCGAUUAUACGGUCGUUUGGUUUGCUCUUAAGAAACAGAUGCCGUUGUUAAUAUUCAGUAGAAACUCAAGCCAGAAAGGACAGCUCAUCUGACGACAUCCCAGCCUCCUCUUUCACAGCUUCCUAAAGCCUCACGUGUGCUAGAAUUGUGCUUUGAGAGGACAGAGGACCAUUCAGUUUAAUGCUAAUUAACAGUGGUGGCUUUGGUACAUCAGUUAUUUCUCACCAAGCAGAGUCAUUUUACAGUAUUUUUUUUUUAAGUAUAAGAAGAAUCCUUCCCAGAUAAAUCAGGGAUGGCAAGCACUCUUAUCUCAGCCAAGCUUCCCCCUGAUGUAGAUCCAACAAAAGCUCCUAUUGCAUUUGGGAGGAGAGCUCUGCCUAAACUGAAUAGAGAGAUACAAUCUCCUGAGGUGCUGACUCAGCAACGGGCAUUGAUGGCACUCUGUGAUCUGGUCCAUGACCCAGAAAAUAUCUACCAGGCAGUCCAAAUAGGUUUCUUGGAGAACUUGAAGAUCUUGCUGCUGCAUCAUGACAGUACUGUCCGACAGAAGACAACAGAAAUUCUCUAUAUAUUGGCAAUGCAUAAUGUUGGCAGGCAAGGGUUGAUACAAAAUGCAGUAAUACCUGUCCUCACUGAACUUUUGGAUGACCCAGAAGACAUCUGUCGGAAGAACACGCAUCAAGUGUUUGACAUGAUGGCCAAGUUACCUGAAGGGGCUGUUGAUAUCCUGCGUGCUGGUUUGACUCCUUUACUCGUACUCAAAUUGAAGACCGAGUCGGAUGAAAUCCAGGAGCUAAUCCUAGGCACACUCUCCAACUGUCUGCGUGUGGAAGCUUCUGAAGCUUUGGCAACUGAUGCCAUCACCAUUCUGAAGGAAAAGCUCACACAUCCCUCAGUGACCAUCAGAAGCAAAGCAGCUCAGGUCAUUUUAGAAAUCGGUACCCAUCCAGAGGGAAAAACCACAGUGUGUGAAGAGGUCAUUCCACUACUGGUGAGCUUGUUAGAAGAUACAGAUCCUGAAGUCCAAGCUAGUGCAGCAGGAGCACUGAUGUUCGCUACCAUUAAACCUAAGGGGAGAUGCUUAGCACUACGUGCUGAAGCCAUUCCACGGUUACUGAAGUUGGUUGCUGAGGAAAACAGCAGAGCCCGUCUGAGUGCAAUCAAAACCCUCACCAUGCUGGCAGAAGUAGCUGAGGGUCGCAGGAAGCUCCUAGAACAUACAGACACGUUUCAGCAGUGCCUGAGGGACCCCAGCGAGGCAGUGAAAAGAGCUGCUGAAAUUGCCAUCAGAGUCAUCCAGUGGAAACCUUUCUGAAGAUGUGGCGUUUCACAGAGAUCUAUUGCCCUCUGUUGUUGCCUCACUGUAAAAGAUGCAUGAUUAUAUGCAACGUUCAAAAGCAAAACUCUAUUCUUCUUUCAUCCUAAAAA